AUUUGAUGAUUUGCCGGUAAGUUUGGGGUAAGUAACGGGUGCAUGAACCCUUUCCCAUUUCCUCAUUCAGAACCAUCGAUCGAGCAACAGAAAUAUGGAGUUUUCGCCAAAAUUAAUCGAUACCAUCAAAUCUUUUCACUUCAGGAAAUCGAUUACUCAACUCGUAACCGUUGGUAUGGUUAUAGCAUCAGCAUUGAUGCUUUGGAUAGGACUGAUGUGUAUAACAGGAAGUGAAGCACCUAUCGUAGUUGUGUUAUCUGGUAGCAUGGAACCUGGAUUUAAGAGAGGUGAUAUUCUGUUUAUGCGUAUGAGCAAGGACCCGAUUCGCGUAGGAGAUAUUUUAUCGUUCACUGUUGAUGGACACGAAAUUCCAAUAGUUCAUAGAGCGAUUAAGGUUCAUGAGUAUCAAAAUACUGGAGAAGUUGAUGUCCUUACAAAAGGAGACAACAAUAGCUAUGGAGACGACAUGUUUUUGUAUACUCAAGGUCAGAUGUGGUUGAAGCGGCAUCAUAUCACAGGGAAGGCGAUCGGAUUUUUACCCUAUGUUGGUUGGGCGACGAUCUUACUGACCGAAAAGCCCCUCGUCAAGUAUAUUUUAAUAGGUUCUUUGGGACUGCUUGUAGUGUUUUCUAAAGAGUAGCCAGCCUUCUGAUCCAACAGCACUAAAAUAAAAAUACUUUUGGAUGAUUGUUAUACAUCCAUAUAUGAUUUCAUUAGCAAUUAAUAUACAUACAUGUAGACAUACAAACAUAGAUAUAAAUGGGUCAAUCUGGCCCAUGAUUUAUCUCAAAAUGGUCAAUUAGGUUUAAAAUUUAAA